AUGACAACGCCAAUAUCUCUUUACCUUGCUGAAAGCGUGGCUGAUUUACGCAAUUAUAUCGUUCCUCAUCGAUCCGCACAACCGUUAACUUUAGAACGAUUAAACAAGUUAUAUGAGGAAGUCGAAAAUAAUGCGAAACAACAAUUACAUGUAAAAGGUGAUCAAGAAUUAGCAUAUCUCACUUAUUGCAAAGCACUUGAAUUACUGAACUUGAUGCGAAAAUGUAAAGAAUUCUCACAAAAGACGAAGAAAUUUCAAUACAAAUACGAGCAGCAACGAACUGAUUGUGAGCAAAUUGAAUAUGCAUUGCGGCUGGAGUUAGAAGAAAGGUACAGAAACUUUAGAUCAACAUCAUAUGUAACUAAUUCAAUAAAAUCAUCAUCUUUGCACAAACUACCAGAAGCACCGUAUAGAAUUCCCACAUCUUUAGACGAACGAGAGAUAACCGAAACAACGACCGUUUUAGAUGAUUUUAUGUCAAAUUAUGAAGAAGAUGAAGAAUAUUUUCCUACUGAUAUAACACUCAAUAAACGUUUAGCUGCCACAAGAUCUUCAUUAUCCAUGCCAAGGGAUCGUCAAGUGCAGAUGCCUAGACCUUCAUCUUCGCAACAGACCGUAUAUAGAGCACCACAAAUUUUAACGAGGAAACCACGUACUCGUGAAUGUGUCGUCUGUCUCAAUGAAAAGUCUAUUGCUGACUUUGGUGAGGUCUUUAGUAAAAUAUGUCAACAUGCUGAACGGCAAAUUUGUACUGAUUGUGUACGUGAAAAUACAAUUAGGAUUGUAAACGAUCGCUCUACAACUGAUGUUUGCUGUCCAGAGCAAAAUUGUGAUGCUAUUUUCGAUUUCGAUACUGUUCGUAGAAUUUUAAUUGAUUUCAAUACAUCUGUAGGUCAAUUCGAAGAUCGAUUGAGUAAGGGAUGCGUCGAAACAAUGAAAAACUUUGUCUGGUGUGCACAUAGAUGUGGUUGGGGUUGUCAACUCGAUGGUAGUAGUGGAAAUAUUUUUACAUGUAGACGUUGCAAACAAAAAACAUGUGCUCAUCAUCAAGUUAAGUGGCAUUCUGGAAUAACUUGUGCGGAAUAUGAUCAAACAUUGAGUUUUGAUCGUGAAGAAACAAAAAAUCAAAAUUGGUUGAAAGAUCAUACUAAAAAAUGUCCUAAAUGCAAUGUAUUCAUUGAAAAGAAUGACGGAUGUGAUCAUAUGACAUGCUGUCAUUGUAAACAUGAAUUCUGUUGGAUAUGCCUGGCCGACUUCCAGCCUAUUCGAAUUUAUGACAAUAAAUAUCAUGAUCCUGGUUGUAAAUAUUAUGCAUAG